CUUCAGAAGGUGGAUCAUUCUCUCUCAUCAUUUCACUAAGACAAGAAGCUCUUCGUCUUUGCCCUAAUUAUAAUCAUUGAUUUAGGGUUAGGUUGGAUUCAAUGGGACAACAGCAAUCCAAGGACGAGUUGCUUCAUCAGCAAGUCGUUUAUGGCAACGUUGAAGGGAUCAAAGCACUUUCCAGAGAAGGUGCAGGCCUUGAGUGGACCGACAGAGAAGGAAAGACUCCAUUGAUUGUGGCGUGCAUGUUUUCUGAACUUUUCAAUGUUGCAAAAACUUUGAUUGAAUUGGGUGCCAAUGUGAACGCUUACCGUCCUGGACGUCAUGCUGGAACUCCUUUACAUCAUGCGGCAAAAAAGGGGCUUGAGGAAACUGUGAACUUGCUUCUUUCACAUGGAGCAAAUGCAUUAGUGAUGAAUGAUGAUUGUCAAACUGCACUUGAUGUUGCUAGAGCAAAAGGGCACAGCAGAGUGGUCCGUGUGAUUGAGAGCCAUAUUUGCUUGUUCUCCGGUUGGCUGCGUGAGUUCUAUGGGCCAGGCUUUCUGGAAGUACUAGCUCCUCAAUGGGUUUCAAGAAAAGUUUGGGUUGUUAUUUUACCAUGUGGAUCACGUAAGCCUACAAAGCCUUUCAAAUUGGAGCUUGCUAUAUAUUCUAGCUUGCAGGAUGCCCAACCACGUACUACUAUUGCACUGUGGAAAGCCAAUAUGGAUGAAGCAAAGUUUGAAGAUCCUGAUCCUGCAGUGAUAAUUCUUGAUAACUCCACCAUCUCAAGGGGCAGGAGGAGGAGACGAUGCUACACCUCCCGAGAGGCGAGGUGUAAGCCUCGAGCGCUUAGGCAGACCCAGAUUAAACUUGCACCUGAGAAAAAAAGCGACAGUCAGCAACUGCAAUGGUUUUGUAAUGCAUGCAAGGGAAUUCCACAGGCAAUGCAUCCUCCUGCAUUUUUACAUAAUGCCCAGACUCCAGCUGUUCCACCCACUGCACCACCAACUGCAGAAGAUUUAGAAUUAGCAAUGGCAAUUAAUGCCUCCAUUCAGUCUGCUAUGCAGGAGGGGCCACCUCUUCUUGAUUCACCUUCAAGUUUUGAAAAUGGUGCAUCCACCAGUUGGAAUAAUUCAGUGAAUAUCACUAAUCACAAUUGCCCAGAUGCUUUAGUAGGACCAGUAGCACCUGCUUCUUCAAAAGCCAGUAGCAGUGAAUGUGUAGUUCAUGAAGCUGGCCCAAGCACCAAUUCCACUCAGCAUAUCCAGAUUGAGACUCACAUUCCUGAUAUACCUGUCCAAGCCUCAACUGCAUCAGCUCCACCAAUUGCUGAUGAGGUUGUAGAUGAUGGUCCGGUUCAGUAUCCAUCAAUUGAUUCCAGCCCUGUUGAUUUGACUUCCCCAGCUUUUGAGACAUCAGCUGCUGCAUCAGAGCAGAGCAAAGAAGGUGGUGCUGCCUCAUCGUGUGUCAUAUGUUUGGAUGCUCCAAUUGAGGGGGCUUGCAUACCAUGUGGCCAUAUGGCUGGAUGCAUGUCUUGUUUGAAUGAAAUCAAAGCCAAGAAGUGGGGUUGCCCUGUGUGUCGUGCCAAGAUCGACCAGGUUGUAAAGCUGUAUUUUGUUUAACUAUUGGAACAGAAUAUGGUGCAGCCUUAUAUGGUGGAAAUGGGCUACAGUGGAAGAGACAACUUCAGCAAUGGUUCAGUGUUUGCAAAGUUGCUUUGUCUAUUCUGUGGCUGACAAAGGAGAGGCACCAUCCAUGGAACUGCUCGGUAAUUAUUCAACUUUGAAUCUUUUAUGCAAUCAUUCUAUCAUCGCUUACAACUGAAGCAAAUUCAGUGUAUGUUUUGUACAUUCUACUAGUAUGUGAGUUAUUGUGUGAAUUGAGUAUUGCAAAAGCUUUCGAAUGUAUAGGGCUUAUUACACUUGUGGAACAACUAUUACAUAAAAUAUAUGUUGUGGGGUGAAAGAAAACAGCAGCAGGUCCUUGUCCCAACAUCA